CACAAAGUAAUCAUUGUUGGUCUGGAUAACGCAGGAAAAACGACCAUUCUUUAUCAAUUCUCCAUGAACGAAGUGGUGCAUACCUCACCCACCAUAGGGAGCAACGUGGAAGAGAUAGUGGUUAACAACACGCGCUUUCUGAUGUGGGAUAUCGGAGGGCAGGAGUCGCUUCGGUCUUCGUGGAACACCUACUACACAAACACUGAGUUCGUGAUAGUUGUUGUGGACAGCACAGACAGAGAGAGAAUUUCUGUGACUAAAGAAGAACUGUAUAAAAUGUUAGCGCAUGAGGACUUAAAAAAAGCGGGUUUGCUGAUCUUUGCUAACAAGCAGGAUGUUAAAGAGUGCAUGACAGUAGCCGAAAUCUCUCAGUUUCUGAAGCUGACUUCGAUUAAGGAUCACCAGUGGCACAUUCAGGCAUGCUGUGCCCUAACAGGAGAGGGACUCUGCCAAGGACUCGAAUGGAUGAUGUCAAGGCUUAAGAUCAGAUGAUUGUUAAUGACCUCUUUGCACAGACAAUGCCCAGAAGAGCUGUACCCAUGAUCACCUUCACAGUGGCAGAAUUUAUGGGUUAGAUGUAUUUAUACUGAACCGAUUUCAACUUUAUUUUCUACGUAGACGCACCCACGCGUACGUGUGUGUAAAUUGAGACCAUUCAGCAGACAGAAAGACGUGGUUGAUGGCUCCGGUUUGGUUUCCUGUUUCUUUUCCUCUGAGGAUGCAUUUAAAAGCUGCGAUCAACCUUCUUCGCGAGAUACAGCCAACUCGGAACAGUCCGACCUUGAGCGUGGUGGAGAUGAAGUGAGAGGAAGGAGCUCUUAAUUUUGAGUUUUAUUAUUCCAUUGUAGUCUUCUCUAGAUGAAGAUGUUGGGUUCGUUGUUUCAGUAAAUUACCAAGCAGUUCAA